UGAUGCAGGGAAAGGGAGUUUGCGGCGGAAGAUCGGACUAGGUAUUGGAAUCGGAAGCUUGGCCAUCAUCCUGUUGUCCUAUAUGAUCUACUUGAAGAAGAAUAAUGCUUCUUUGAAGUCCCGUUUGAGAAACAGCACCUCACAUCCUCAGUCCAAUUCAGACAUGGAAGAGUGCAAUGUCUACUUUGAAGUCCCCAUUUUCAACAGUACCGAACUCGAAGAAGCCACAAACAACUUCGCUGCUUCCAAUGAACUAGGAGACGGAGGUUUUGGAACUGUUUACUACGGAAAAAUUCAAGAUGGGCGGGAAGUAGCAGUGAAGCGCCUAUGCGAGCGUAACUAUCGGAGGGUAAAGCAGUUCAUGAAUGAGGUAGAGAUCCUAACCCGUUUGCAACACAAAAACCUUGUGUCUCUGUACGGUUGCACUUCUCGUCACAGCCGCGAGCUUCUACUUGUCUAUGAGUACAUCUUGAAUGGCACUGUUGCCGAUCAUAUCCAUGGCCAGCGAGCAAACUCUUCUACUACAUUGCCUUGGCAAAUCCGAAUGGGCAUAGCCGUAGAGACUGCUACUGCAUUGGCUUACCUCCACGCUUCUGACAUUGUCCACCGUGACGUGAAAACAAAUAACAUCCUUCUCGACAAGAAUUUUGGGGUUAAAGUUGCGGAUUUUGGGCUUUCGAGGCUAUUCCCCAACGAUGUCUCUCAUAUCUCAACAGCUCCUCAAGGGACUCCAGGUUAUGUGGACCCCGAGUACCAUCGGUGCUACCAGCUCACAGAGAAGAGUGAUGUCUAUAGCUUUGGAGUUGUUCUGAUCGAGCUUGUAUCAUCCAAGCCAGCUGUAGACAUAAGCAGAGAAAGGGACGAGAUUAAUUUGGCCGACUUCGCUAUUAACAAGAUUCAAAAAUGCGCGUUUGGUGAAUUGAUUGACCCAAAUCUAGGAUUUGAGUCAGAUAGCGAAAUCAAUAGGAUGACAACUUCGGUGGCUGAGUUAGCUUUCCUGUGCUUGCAACAAGAUAAGGAAAUGAGACCUCCAAUGGAUGAGGUUUUGGAGGAACUAAAGGCGAUUGCAUGCAAUGAGAAUGCUGCAGACAUAUUUGCUUAUGCGGAUGAGGGUGAGGCUGUCCUUGCUCCAUUUCCUUCACAUUACGACGAUUCCCACCUACUGAAGAAUAUGCAGUUGACCCAUUCUCGAGUUUCUGUGACUCAAAAGUGGGGUAGCAGCGGCAGUUCUGCUCCUGGUGUUGAUGGUUAGAUUAUCCAUGCAGCCUCCUGUCACAUACUUUGCACACACGUCAAUGCAACUGCAAGUGAGCAGUCAUGUAUGUUGAGAUAUUACUGAUUUGAGUGCUGAAGGUAUGGACAUGGUAAUAAAGCAUUAAUGUCAAUC